AUCUAUCUAUCGAUAAGAGGCGAUUCUAACUUGUUUGCAGGAGAGGGUGAUGUCGCUGAGACCUGUAAAGGAGCCAGCACCAUGUGCUGGAGACCAUUGGAUGCUUUCUGCUAAAUUCAUCGCGCGGGAGGAAUGGUUCGUGGCCGGCGACAUCCACGUGCUCUCAUCUGCGAUGAUGGAUGAGAUCACGCAGUUCAAAGCUCACACGGGCUGGGUCGAAUCGCUGGCCAUUCACCCGAGUCGCCCGCUUGUGCUGUCGGCAUCCAACGACAGCUUAAUCAAGCUAUGGAACUGGGAGACUGACUGGUCAUGCAUUCAGAUAUUCGAAGCGCACUCACGCAAUGUGCAGCAAAUCAAGUUUAACCCGCUGGAAGGCAACACUUUCGCAAGUGCUUCAAAAGAUGGCACAACAAAGAUCUGGUGUUGUUCUUCUCCCGUUCCUAUCGCUACAUUGGACUGUGAUGGUGGGCUGAUAUGUGUUGAUUAUUUUUUCCCCGGUGGCGAUCGACAAUAUGUGGUUACCGGAUCCGAUAAUGGGGUUGCACAGAUUUGCGAUUUGCAGACAAAGAAAUGUAUCCAAGAACUCGAGGGACUCCAACGUAUGUCUGGCGUCAAUGUUGGUGUGAUCGAUGGCAUGCAAGGGCAUCCUGUUCUAAUAACAUCUUCAGAUGAAUAUGCUAUUUCUUUGCGCAACUACAACACCUAUGGGUAUGAGAGCACGAUGGACUUUAAGCUCGAUAGGGUCUGUGGUGGUUUUGCUUUCAUUAAGGCCAUAAAAAGCCUGGUGAUUGGAUUUGAAGAUGGAUUUGCAAUGGUGGAAAUGAAUUAAUUUGGCACUAAAGAUCAUGCUACUGUUGAAAGAAAAAUAGCGGCUGAAUAAAAGUGGUGCCAUGGAUGAUAUUGCAACAACGGGAAACUCAAGAAAUUGGUGCAGAGUCUAUGCAUGUUGUGUGCGCGCUAGACUGUUAUGCAUCUCUAUCAAAGACGUUAUAUUUUUGUUUCUACAAAAAAUGCUACCUUUAUUUGUACUGUACUGCCAAUCUGUGUUGUGUGCUUUGUGCUUUGUGACGGUCAUGACAUUCUCUGUUAGCAGCGAGCUAGAAGAGAUGAAAAGCAAGCAGUGUUACUAGUACACCAUGUUUGGUAUGUGGCAAUAUUUUGUUCUAAUCAAACAUUAUGUGCUAUAAAUAGGUUUGGUAUGGUUGUUUGUUUCACAAAAUAAAUAAACAUAUGGUGGACAUUCCAAAAUUCUGGCUACCUCCAAACGCAUAAUCACUUUCUUGGUGAACACCAAAAAAAUUGGUGGCGCGGUGUCUGGCUACUAUCCAAAUGGACCCUUAAUUUGACGGAUGACUUUCUCCCUAAAAUACCCGUAUACUUGGCGAUAAUCCUAUUUAUAAAGCUUUGAGUUGAUGAUGAGUUCACAUGUGGGACCAACAACCUUUAUCAAUAAACAAAUGCACCCUUACCCACAUUGAGAAUAGCAACUUUCCAUGAACAUAUAUAAACAAAUGUGUUUGUACUCACAUGUGAGACCAAAAACAAAUAAACAAUAUUAUUCAUGUGAGACUAACACUUAGGCACAAAUAACAAAUACAGAAAUGCAACUCCAACUCAAUGUAUGUUCUUGUUUUUUUUCAACCAAGUUAUUUCAGUUUUAUAUCACAGAACAAGAGAGUAAACAAAUUGAAAUUCCAAAACGGCGAAAGACCUUGUCCUCCUACCUGAUCCAUGACCUUGUGCAGUCAACUUACCAAUUCUAUUCUCAUAUGUUCCGGUAUUAAAAAUGUUGUGUCUGUGAAGGGCCGGCCAUGGUCACAAUUUGUUCGUGCGAGUAAUUUAAUUAUAUUGGGAAGUGAUUUUCUAGAUGAUAGAAAGCCAUCCUAAUCAAGCUUAGACAAUCAUCAUUGAAAGAAAAAAAGAAAAAUCAAGCUCAGCAAGUGAUUAGGAGGGUCAAGAUUUGAUCUGAGCUGAGGGUGACAUUGAUUAAUCAAGUAAACGACGUUGAGCCAGCUGCACGUUGACCUGACUA